UUUCCGGUCUCAGUGACGCGCUGACAGUAGUCAGACUCUUAUCCUCUGUUAGCUUGUGUUAGCCGCCGUUUAGCCACAGUUUCCGGGUUCUGAGCUCACCUCGUGCUCCGGUUCCGUGUACCCGGACCCUCCGUCCUUUCACCUGUCUGCUGGGACCGAGACGGCUCCCGGUUCUGUCCGAUCCGGCUGCCUCCGGACUCCGCCUUUAGCCGCAGAGCUAACCCUGCUGCUAGCGCUGCUAACGGCUAACUGUGGCGUUCGUGGGUAAGCGAGAGAAACAACGAGGAGGCCGAGCACAGGUGCGGCACUCAGGUCUUGACCUUCGCUCUGAGGACGCAGUAGCAGCCAUGUUGACCUAGAGUUGUCAUUGGCGGUGGUGAGUUCUGAGCACGAGCAGAAACAACGGGCAAUCGCAGCCAUGUCGGAGAACCAGGCGAACAACAACAAUGUCCCGCUUAACAACAACAACAACAUGGGACCCAACCGCCUCCGCAAUCCCAACCUGAACCAGAACCCCCUCAUCAACGUCCGCGACCGCCUCUUCCAUGCGCUCUUCUUCAAGAUGGCCGUCACCUACGCACGCCUAUUCCCUCCGUCCUUCAGGAGGGUCUUUGAGUUCUUCGUUCUGCUCAAGGCACUCUUCGUCCUCUUCAUCCUUGCCUACAUCCACAUUGCCUUCUCUCGCUCACCCAUCAACUGUCUAGAGGUGGUAAGGGAGCGCUGGCCCCGUGACGGCAUCCUGCGGGUUGAGAUCCAAAGAAACUCGAGCCGGGCACCCAUCUUCCUUCAGCACUACGACUCGGCGAGCCUCCAUGAUGAGCUGGAUGCCGAGGAGGAAGGAGGGGGGCUGGCGAUGGGCGGGCUCAGCCUUGCGAUGCUGCCUGACGAAGAAGUGGAAGAGGAGGAGAUGACUGUGGAGAUGUUUGACAACAGCUCAGUGCAGUUUGAGUUGGACAUCGAGCCCCGCCUGAAGCCAUCUCUGGUUGGUGCAGGAGGAGGAGGAGCUUCAGGAGGAGGAGGAGCCAACGACAGCCAGGACGUCUCGUUCAGCCAGACCACUAAAGGUAUGCAGCCGCUGCAGGACUCAGUGUCUGAGCUGGAGAUGAUGACCCGAGCAGUGUGGCCUCAGGAGGAGUACAUCGUGGAGUACUCGCUGGAGUAUGGCUUCCUGCGCCUCUCUCAGAGCACCAGACAGAGACUCAACAUCCCUGUCAUGGUCGUCACACUUGAUCCGAUGAAGGACGAGUGUUUCGGAGAUGGCUUCAGUCGGUUCCUGCUCGAUGAGUUUUUGGGCUACGAUGACAUCCUGAUGUCGAGCGUGAAGGCGCUCGCCGAGAAUGAGGAGAACAAAGGAUUUCUGAGGAACGUGGUCUCCGGUGAGCAUUACCGCUUUGUCAGCAUGUGGAUGGCCAGGACCUCCUACCUGGCCGCCUUUGUCAUUAUGGUCAUAUUUACUCUGUCGGUGUCCAUGCUGCUCAGAUACUCUCACCACCAGAUCUUCGUCUUCAUUGUUGAUCUCCUGCAGAUGUUGGAGAUGAACAUGACCAUUGCCUUCCCAGCAGCCCCUCUGCUCACUGUCAUCCUGGCCCUCGUAGGCAUGGAGGCCAUCAUGUCAGAGUUCUUCAAUGACACAACAACGGCAUUCUACAUUAUCCUCAUCGUGUGGUUGGCAGAUCAGUACGACGCCAUCUGCUGCCACACAAACACCAGCAAACGCCACUGGCUCAGGUGA